AUGGCAGCAAGCCCUUAUCACCCCCACAUUAUCGUCAUAGUCAUCAAACAAACGAUGAACUGGCCAGAUGAAUCCCGAAUAAUACGAGCACGACCAAAGCAGUUAACUCUAGUAAAAAUUCAAAAUCUUUUUUACAAUACAGGACUAAUUGUCUGUGUCAUGUAUGUUUUUGUCGCGAUGAUCAUUCAACCUUCCCUACAAGCCGCAUACAAUCAAAGAAUAGAAUUCAGCGUCAGUGCCCUAUUAAAAGCUCGCAAGCUUGUCACGUUUCUUGAAAAGAGAAUUAAAACGACUCCAAUAACGGUACUAGGCUUCAAUGAAGUUGUGAACCUAGAGACCAACAAACGUUACCUGGAGAGGUCUACUCAAACAGAUGAGACGGCAGAAGUUUACAAGAACUGUGAAAAAAGUUCCGAAGGCAAUGAAAAGGGGUGGUCUAGGAUUGCAGAAAGACUCAAGACCGUGAAUGAGGCGUUACAGGAUUUCAAUAAUCAAAAUGACCGCGCCGAAUACCUUGACUCUUUCUCAUUUCAAGUGAAGCUUGUGCACGACCAAUUAUCAAAUAUUGAUGGAAGAUCUAAAAUUAAUGCAGUUAUGAAAGAGUUUACUCAAACUACAAGGGAAAUGAAAGGAUGGUUUAUUAAUCGUAGAAUUCCUUCAUGA